AUGGAGGCUAAACAUUAAGACUUUGAAAUCUUUAAUCUUAAUGGAACUUAAUCAUAAUCCUUUAUUAAAAUUGGUAUAAACUGUGAAAAUAUAGGCUUUGGAACUUGUCAUAAAGUAUGGACAUGUGUAUGUGGAUUGGCUCUAGAGAAGUUUGGAUUUUAAAAGAUUUACCUAACCGACGAAGAUGAAGUGAUAGAAAAAAUAACAAGGCCUAAUAUUUUACUGAAUGAAUCGUUAAAUUGUGAGGGGAUAGGUUUAAAUUGGAAUACGGAUAGAUUUAACUUGUCUAAAACACUAGAAACAAGUGGGAUGCUUUGCUAACCUCUCGAUCUUAUUACUGCUAGUGAUGUAAUAUUUAACAUGACCUAGAUAGAAUUAGUCCCGUAAGUACUUAGACUCAUAUGUGAAAUCUAUUUGGAAAAAUUCUAAAUCUGCCCCAUUAUUCUGAUGAGCUACAAAAGCAGAAAUGAGUAAAUUGAUGAUAAAUUGUUUGAAGCUUUCGAUAAAAAUAACUUUGAAGGUGAGCAGGCUAAUGCCAAAGAACUAGAAGAAGAAAUGUUGAGUUUACCAAUUGAUGUAUUCAUAUUCAAAUUAAAAGAAUCUAAAGUAAGCAUUAUUUUGCCAUCUUAUACAGAGUGA